GAAACCCAGGGUUUCAAACCCCCCCAGCUUCAUUACAUCACUGGCUACGGAAGUGAAACAUUGUAACACACAUGCAGGCUAAUUUUGACUUUGAAUGGGAGAUUUUAAUGACAUUGUUCUGUUUGUCCAAGCUGUGUAUAGUUUGAGUCGCUAUAACCUACAGAAGUUUAGCUACGUAUCCAGCCACCAGGUGUAAUCCAGGGGUGUCACACAUUUUAGGUGAUUGUUUCUCUAUCCACGUGAGCACCGCGUUAGCAUUCUGAACCUAGCCACUGUUAGCUUCCUUCAGGUGCACUGAAGGAAAGUCAUGAAAUGUCUGAAUGCCGCCGUCAGAGAGAUGAAACCAUCUGAACCUGAGGUCAGCAUGUCAUAACUACCUCACUUCACUGUCAUUUGACAGGUGUCCCUCUUUCAGCACCUAACAUCUACCACCACCCACACUGCAGCUUAGUGGAUGUGAUCUCAGCCGACUGAGCCUAUCUGUUGCUUUGACAUUGAGGUGGACAGUGGACAUUGCUGGAACAAUGAAGGCCCCAGUGUAUACUUGAUUUGUGCUGAGGAUCUGUGGUGAUGUUACGGCUCCGGUGUGUCACCCCCUCUCUCCGGAGGCUCCUGCAUGGGGGCACGGUGAGCCAAGACCAGGUCCUGGACCAGCUGACGGUCUGCUCAGCUGAAGACCAGCUGUUUGACUUGGUGGGCAAGAACAAGGCAAAGCUCCAAGUGAACCAUGUCAGCUGUGCUGUGGGAAUGUUGUGGCAGUUUCAGAAAGAGAAGCCACAACUGCUCCGGACUGUCGAUCUCAUCAAGAGCCACCCGCAGUUUUUGACUCUGCGGGUUUUGGCGGAGAACAAAAUUGCUCUCAUGGAUGAUUUUGUGUUGGUCGACAUGCUUUACAGUUUCCUCAGGUUGAAUGUGGAUCCACAUGACACUCUUGUUCAGCACCUAAUUUCAGAAGCAUGGCUCAGAUUAGACAGAUUUUCAAUGGCCUCCCUUUCCAAAUUGGCCAACUGUCUAAGUGAUCAGCAGCUUCAUCACAGCCCUCUAAUGGGCCAGAUCACCAAUAUUGUGGAUCAGAAGCUUUCAACUAUUGAUGAUUCCAGGAUCCUGACUACGCUGAUGCUCGGUGUGUCAUCCCUGGCAUCUCCCCGGCUCCGGGAUGCUCUCAUUAACAGGGCGGACCUUCUCCUGGACAGCACAGAUGCCUCAAAUUACAACACUCCGCGGAGAGUGGUGCAGUUCCUGCGCAACAUAAAGCAAAGUCACCGUCCUCUGCUGGAGAAGUGCAACAAGAUCCUGCUGUGCAACAUGCCCACGCUAGAUGCAGAAAAUAUCGGCAUCAUCAUGGGGCUGUAUCAGUCCUUGCAGUUCAACAACUGUGACUUCAGGCUGGCUGUUAAACAAAGACUCAUAGAACUGCUCGAUUCAAGCAACGAUCCUGUCUCCUUCACUAGGCUGUUUUUCUGUCUGGCUCCGAUGGCCAGUCAGGAGAUCAGAGAAAGGUUGCAGAACACUGCCCUCCUGUUGGUGGAUGAGUUCAAUGCACAGCAGGCUCUGGCUGUAGCUGAAGCUCUCGAGGAUAUUCAGAGCAGGAACCUGAGCUUACUGAACAAAGUUGCAUCAGUAAUCCAAAGACACCUUCAUGUCUACAAGCCAGUGGAGGUGGCCAGAGUCACCCAAGCUCUUCUCCUGCUGCAAUACCAGAACCCCGAACUCUUGACCAAACUAAGAGCUAUUCUGCUCGACUUUCUGCAGCGCAGCGUCUUCCCCUACGAAGUGACCAUGUUGACCCGUGUUCUGUCCAUGCUGCCCUGCUCGCGGAUUGAGGACUGUGUGAUCUCGCGGGUAGAUGCAGUGGUGACCCAGUGCAGUCUCAGCGACCUCAGCACCAUUUCUUUUGCCGUCGCCAAGUGGGUGCGGAACGAUCCCUCCUACCGCCACAACACUCCCAGUAGGUACGUCCGUCUGCUGCAGACCAUGAACCGCUGCGGACACGAGAGGCUGCAGACAGCUGACCGGCUGGAUUUGUUGCUGGACGAGCUCAAGUACAUUUCAGGAGAGUGGUUCGAGGAAAUACUGGUUGAAGACACAAUGGCGACACUGCAGAGGAUGAUCGACCAAAUAAACUGGACAAAUGUGCCUGACUUGACCCUCCUCUUAACCAGGAUAGGUCACCUCUCCCCUCCCCUGAUGGACCACAUCGCCAAUGUGGUCAUUAAAGACAUCGACAAGUUUCACCACACGGCAAUAUAUGCCAUCCUGCUGCCCUUCUCAGUCCUGAAUUAUGAUCCCGUACAAGCAGACGAGCUGUAUGAUGUUUGUAUCCAGCACGUCACUCCUCAUAUCAGCUCCCUUGACCCACAUCUGCUGAUUUUCCUGGCAUACUGCUUGGCUUUGGCUGACUGUUUCCCCGGGGAAAUCAUCAAGGAAAUCUUCACUAUAGACUUCCUGGGAAAGCUGGAUGCCCAACUAGACACCCUCCCUGAUGUCCUGAAUAUGCGCACCAGACUGCGCCUCAUGGACCUGAAUCGGGCCGUGUGUCUCCAGUGUCCUGAGUUCCAGGUGCCGUGGUUUCAUGAUCGCUUCUGCCAGCAGUUGCAAAAGAAAGGGGGUGGUUCAGGCAGUUCUGCGCAGCAGCAAAUCCACAAAAUGUUGGGUGACGUUCUCGAUGGCAUGAACCGUGUUCGAGUGGCAGUUGUCACCCCAUAUUUUUACACCAUAGACUUUGAAUGCAUCCUGGACAGAAACCUACAGCCGUUGCCUUACAGUGAGCCGAGCGCACUACAGAUCUCAGACGGAGCAAAAGUUCACUGGGGAGGGAACUCUGUGGAGAACAUCAGGGAGGCGCUGCCUCCUGGAGCCCAGAGAGUUGCUGUGGACUUCCUUGAUUCAAAGUCCUUCUGCAAGAAUUCUCACCGCAUGAAAGGUGAAGCUCUGAUGAGAAAAAGACACCUCGAAAUUCUGGGAUACCGCAUGGUUCAGAUCCCUCACUAUGAAUGGAACUCUAUGGAGCUCUCGACACAGGACGCCUGGAGGGAAUAUCUGAGGAAGAAAAUAUUUAAGGAAGGUUCUUCUUGAUGGACUUAUUUAUUGAACAGUGAACGUCAUGUUACAUUCAGCACUGAGCUUUGAGUUUGGUUUGGAGAAUUUCGAGGUUGAAUGACUGAACAGAGAUUUUAAAAAAACAUUGAUAUACAUGAAGUGCUCCUUAUUUUUAGUUAUUGAGCAAAAGCUGACAUGGAUCUACCUCAUUCAUGUUGAGUGAGAUUGUAUAUUAUGUGCUUUUUUAUUAAAAUGAGCAAUUUAAAGAAAA